AUACUCGCGCACCCUCUUUCCUAGUUGCUGCUUGUAGUAGGCUAGAGAAAACUAAAUAAUACUAAUAAGAUUAAUGCAGAGAAAGAAACUGAAGAGCAACAACUGAGAUCUAAAUGCACAAGGAUGAAGAAAUGUAGCCAUUAGAAGUGUGCGGUUGACAUAAUGAAUCUGUUUCAAGGUCUGAGGGUUUUUUUCUCCAGUUUCUAAGAGAGACCCCCCUCCCCUCCCUUUGCUUCCCUCUUUCCCUCCUCUCUCUCUCUCUGUCGCUCUCUCCACAUCUCUGCACUCUCCUCUGUCAGUCGUGUGGGAAGCUCCAUGAAUGCGGCUGCACACUAGCAGACUUCUGCACCUGAUCCCGUUGCGCCUCUAUAGGACGAGGUAAUGCAAGCCUCCUCUCCUCCUGCACUAUCUCCGAUCUCUUUUUCUGGAUACAAAUAUAUAUUUUUUCCUUUUUAAUCUAAGAGGAACGCUUUACCAGUCCUCCAAUUUCCUCCCAUCCUCUGUGCUCUCUGACUGGGGGGGGAGGGAUGGAAGAAACGGUGAGAGCGCGGACUUUCCUGCUCCUGUUUUGCACCGGAGCGGACUGAAGGCUCAGUGACAAGUAAUUUCUUUUUGAAACAUGUCUUAUAUGUAGUAUUGAUCUCUCUUUAUUUGAACCCCUGACUGAAACACCAAGAACAACGUUGGAAAUAUGUUGCCAGGAUGGAAAAUAACCCACAGUCUGACUGGAGCGUAUUGGCUGCUCCUUACCCCUUUGCGCAACUUCAGCUCGUUACGACCCAGUAUUUAUUAUUCCAUGGAUCGCUGAAGGUUGCGGUGCAGAUCUGAAACCAGGCGCACAGUGUUGGAACCUCCUUUCUCCCCUGUAUUGCGUUGGGGAAACAAACCUUUGAGAAUGAGAGGUUUAUCUGGCUGCAUCCACCUUGCACCCUUUUCCUUGCUUCGGAGUCUCUGGACGCACCGUCAACAUCUCUAAAGGUAAAAAAAGACAAAAGGAAAGAGGGGGAAGAUCUCUACUUCACCAUACUUCUAUGCUCUUCUCACCUUUUCUACCUCCUCUGUAAGCAAAUGAGCCCUCUCCCAUGGAGGUAGUACAGCCGCUCUGGGGGCCCAAUGACCAGCGGGGAGAUUUUUCCAAGCAAAAGGAGCCCGUCAGCAAGAGGCGCAUCGGAUGAAAUCAGACCCCCACACCCUCCCUAUUCACCCACCCCACUUCCUUUUCCUCCUCUGUUACUCCCCACCCUACCCCCUUCCCUAUUCCUCCUUCUAGUUUAGCUUGAAUCGUGUUAAAGCUGCACAGGGGCAUAAAGGGGCUGGAGAAACCUUGUUGCACCCCCUCAAAUCCAUCUGCGCUCUUACACUCGAGCUGGAAGGACUGUUUUGCGCACGUCUCCAUCAAUGCUGCCCCAAGUCUCCAGAGGGAGCCGCGCUCAUUGCCACCGCAGCUUUUGGUUACUAAAUGGUUUACUGGGGGAGGUUUUCUAACCGGCGAGAUGCUGCUCGUACCCCUGCUGGCAGCCUUUUUUUCCUCCAUCUCGGGCUCCCUCUCCUCAUCCCUCUCCUCCAUGUCAGACGGACCUCCGAUAACGGACCCCACUGCCUCGGACCUGAUGGCCGAGACCUGCAUCGCCUGCUCUUGCAUGUCAGUGGAGAACGUGCUGUACGUCAACUGUGAGAAGAUCACCGUCUAUCGGCCCACGCAGCUCAUCCCUCCGGCCUCCUCCCUGUACCACCUGAACUUCCAGAACAAUUUUCUGAUUGUGCUGUACCCUAACUCAUUCCUCAACUUCACCCACGCUGUGUCACUGCAGCUGGGGAACAAUAAACUGCAGAACAUCGAAGGCGGAGCGUUCAUGGGGAUGAGCGCGUUGAAGCAGCUGCACCUUAACAAUAACGAGUUGAAGGUGCUGCGAGCUGACACUUUCCAAGGCAUUGAAAACCUGGAAUACCUUCAGGCUGACUACAACUUAAUAAAAUACAUUGAAAGGGGAGCAUUUAAUAAACUACACAAACUCAAAGUGCUGAUUCUGAAUGAUAAUCUCAUACAGGCACUUCCUGAGAACAUUUUCCGCUUUGCCUCUCUCACACACUUGGAUAUAAGAGGAAACAGGAUUCAGAACCUUCCUUAUUUAGGAGUCCUUGAGCAUAUCGGCCGGAUCGUAGAGCUGCAGCUUGACGACAACCCCUGGAACUGUACCUGUGAUUUAGCACCUCUGAAGGCAUGGCUUGAAAACAUGCCCUACAAUAUUUUUAUUGGCGAGGCCAUAUGUGAAACCCCAAGUGACUUAUAUGGGAGGCUCCUGAAAGAAACCAACAGACAGGAGCUUUGUCCCAUGGGAACGGGAAGCGAAUUUGAUAUUAAGAUGCCACCUGCACAGCCUGAAAAUGGGCAGGUGCCAUCCAAAAUGACGCCAACCACAGCUGCUCCAAAAUCGCCAAAAUCAACUGACUCAUCUAAGUUUUAUGGAAACGGCAUUGUGGCUGGUUUACCCCCUUUUGGCAAAAACAGAGAAACUGUUCCACGGACUCCCCUAAUGCUGUGUCCACUCCCUUGCAGCUGUAAGGCCCAUCCCUCUGACUUUGGUGUUAGUGUAAGCUGUCAGGAAAGGAGUAUAAGAAAUCUUGCUGAUCUUAAUUCCAAACCCCCAAAUGCCAAGAAACUUCACCUAAGUGGGAAUUACAUCCGUGAUAUCAGUCCAACUGAUUUCCAAGGCUUUGAGGGCUUAGAUUUGCUUCAUCUUGGCAGUAAUCAAAUUGCAGUGGUACAAAAAGGUGUGUUUGCUAACCUUACUAAUCUAAGGAGACUGUAUUUGAAUGGAAACCAACUUGAACAGCUACACCCAGAGAUGUUUUUGGGCCUCACAAACCUCCAGUACCUUUAUUUGGAAUACAAUGCCAUUAAAGAGAUCCUUGCAAGCACAUUUGACUCGAUGCCCAAUCUACAACUCCUGUAUCUCAACAACAAUGUCCUUCGGAGUCUCCCAGCCUAUAUCUUUGCUGGUGUCCCUCUAGCCAGACUCAACUUGAAAAACAACCACUUCAUGACAUUGCCAGUGAGUGGUGUCCUGGACAAUCUGCGGUCGCUGACCCAGAUAGAUCUAGAGGGCAACCCAUGGGAGUGCUCCUGCGAUUUGGUCGCACUCAAGCUUUGGCUGCAGAGGCUCAGUGAUGGAGUGGCUGCAAAAGAGGUGAAAUGUGCCUCCCCUGUGCAGUUUGCCAACAUUGAGCUGCGUCUGAUUAAAAAUGAGAUUCUCUGUCCUAAACUCACGACACCUCCACCUAUCUCAAGCUCCACCCCAAUUGUGACCUCGGUAUCACCCGCAGGAGUCGGCAAGGCACCUCCAGGAGGACCUGUGCCUCUCUCCAUUAUGAUCCUCAGCAUACUUGUGGUGCUUAUCCUAACUGUGUUUGUGGCCUUCUGCCUUCUAGUCUUUGUCCUAAGGCGGAAUAAAAAGCCCGUGGGCCGACAAGAGGGGCUGGGGAACCAGGAGUGUGGCUCGUUGUCUCUACAGCUUCGUCGCCAUGGCCACAAGUCCGGCAAGAAAGGGUCCAUCCCUGGGGAUGACUUGGGAGGUGAAACAUUCAUUCCCCAGACCAUUGAGCACAUUGGCAAGAGCCACACCUGCGGCAUUGGACGGUCCUCAGACAUGGACGCCGGCUUCAAGUUUGCUGACUCGCAGAGACAGAAGAUCAUCCUGCGAAACUGUCCCGACAAGGACAAGGACCUACUCUCCACCCUGGAGCGCAACAAACGUCUCAGCACCAUCGAUGAACUCGAGGAGUUUCUCCCCAACCGAGAGCCCAGCCUGUUCAUCCACAACUUCUUGGACAGUAAAAGAGAUUUUAACAGUAUAGGGAUGGGCGGGUAUGAAAUCCGCUAUCCUGAAAAGACACUGGAUAAAAAGAUGAAGAAAUCAUCACUGAUAGGUGGAAACCACAGUAAGAUCGUGGUGGAGCAGAGGAAAAGUGAGUAUUACGAGUUGAAAGCCAAGCUCCAAGGGACGCCUGAUUACCUGCAGGUGCUCGAGGAGCAGACUGCCCUGAGUAAAAUGUAGGAACUGUUUUGUUUGAUGGUCAGCACUGAUUACACACACAUCAAGCCAAUAGACAGGCAAACUCUAUCUUAUUUCUGUUCUCUCUUCAAGUCUCACAUACACACACCCUAUUCAAACCCCCUCAUCUCUGGCUUUCUGUCUUCAUCUCUACAUCGACACACACACACACACCUACACACAGAACAAAAAAGUGCCUUCUGGAAAUCCUUAAUGACCAAUGCAGAGAUAGACAAAAUGGCUCCACACUACAAAGCUAUUAUUAGAAUCAGAGCGGAUGUAUUUCAGAGUAAGAGACCUUUUGGAUUUUUCAUGUCACUACCUGUAUGAAUCCCGCAAACUUACAACAGGACCCCCCAAAAAACAAAGAAAUCAAAAUUACAGUCGUAGUAUUUUUGCUGCUAUUGAAAUGGAUACUUAUUUUUUUUGUUCUCUUUUUGUUCUUUUCCUCCUCCUUUUGUUGUUUCAACCAAAUCAAAGGGUCUUGAAAACAGUGCUUGAGAAUAUACCUCGCUGCCAUCAGGCCGUGUUUAACAAAAGGAAAAGGCAGGGGGAGCGUCGGGUGUUGAUCGCUUGGAGAGAAUCAAGGGAUUGUUGAAUCUGGAAUGAGGUUUUGAACACUUAAUGACUUUUAUGGAUGCUACCUUUUCCCUUUCUGUUUUUUUUUGUUAUUAUUAUUAUUUUUUAUCGUGAGGGUGUCCACAUCUGGGGAUCCUCUCUGAAGUCAACAGCAGACUCUCUGCCAUCUUGUCUGGAUUACCCACCAGCAGCAGUACACCUGCUCUUUGCUGGGAAGAUAAAUGGCUCCUGUUUUGCAUUAAUGGCAACUGACGGCACUGUAAAACUCUUUUAUUUUUUUUAUUUUUUUUGGGAAUGAUUUAAUGACUUGCUUUCUUGUGUAAAGAGCCAUGUUAAAUAUAGUGUCUUCUGACUGGAGUUGUGUUUCUCUUUGAAGUUGCUACUUACAGUAAACGUAUGUUUUUUUUUUUUUUUUCUGGGUGAAAUCUAACGGCACAUACACUGUCAGAGACGUUAUUUCUUGAAACAAAAAGAAAAAGAAAAAAAAAAGAAAAAUAAACCCGAAGGAAAAAAAAAAAGUUACAAAGCUGCUUGCCAUGUAAGCGUAACCUGGAAUUUAUUUUGUAAGUCUUACAUUGUUUGUAUCUGUGGGACUGAUUUGUAAAUUACAAGGACAGACUAAUAUCUACACACUGAUACUGUGCGACGGAGCAUCUUCGAGAGACUAUGAGUCAGAGUGUUAAAACCAACCCAUAAUAUAUUUCAAUCAGCGAUCCUGCACCCCUCGCCUGCUCUCAAUUCUUAGUUAAAAGAAUUAACAACAUAGUUCAUUUAUUUUUCUAUGCAGGAUUAUUUAAGAGGUAUUGGUUUUAUUUAAAAGGGGCAAGAAAAGAGCGGAGAGGACUUGACAAAACACUUCAGAGCUAUUUCAGGCUGCAAAGAGGGACUGUUCAGUUGUUCUAAGUGGGUCUUUGCUUCUUUCCAUUUUGCUGAGCAGCCUGAACCUGCAAAAACAAAAAGAGUGUGAAAUGUAAUCUUUGGCGUUUCUGCUCGAAAGAUGACAGAACGAGGCCUGGUAGUCCAUAAAACUCCUGAGCAGUUUUCCCGAUUCUUCUAUCUCCCACAGUAUGUUGUGAAAAAAGAACAAAAAAACAAAAAAAACAAAGGUUUCUUAUCAACAUUAUGCAACCAAAAUAAAUGUGCAUUAAACUUGAUGUGCUUCUGGCAUUGUUGGGCUUUGGGAGAGGAGGCGUUCUGAGGCGAACAAAUCGAGGCUCUAAAUUAUUAGACUUGGACAGAAUCAUAUCGUAAAACACCAUGUGCAAUAUUAGUAAAAAAAGAAAAAAAAAAAAACGACAAGAAAAAAAAGCUCAGACAUGACGGCUUCAAAUAAUUUUAUUUAGUUUGGGGUUAUGUUGUCAGGACAAGUUCUAUUUUAAAAUUCUUUUAUCAGCUUAACUCUAUUUGGUCCUUAUUUAAAAAGCAUUAUUAAGUUAAAUUUCUGAGUGUUUUUGACAUUACAACUGAGUAGAAUGUAUCAUGAAAAGUAUAAUAAAUACAAUUUUCUAUUGGUCAGAAAUCUCCUGUAUAUUGGUUCAUUUUCUCUUGUAUAAUCAUGUUGAAAUCAAGGUAUUAAAAUGAGCACCUAUUUGCACUGUGUCCCCCUUUUUUCUUGAAGUUAAAAUCCUCGUUACCUUUUKAUGGUGCUUGAUGAAAACGGUCUUUGUGGUCCUUUCAGACUGAAUAACGCUGUUGAUGCUAAUGUGCUGCUGCUUGUUACAUCUGGAACAUUUUCAAGUGUGUKCUCAGCUGGAAGCAUUAUUUAGAACUACUUGUCACGCAGAUUUCUUUAAAAUGCUAUUCAACUGAUCAUUUAGACUCUGUAAAGCUUGUUCUGAGAAGUUAUUAGCAGUAAUCUGUGGUGAAAAGUGGUUAUCUCUCUACGUUUUUAUGGCUCAGACACAGACUAAUUUGAUUUAAAUGUAUUGGUGUUUUCUCACUUUUCAAGUCAAGAGUUAUUAUUCUUUAGCUUUAUGUUAGCUAAAGCUACUGGUACUUUCAGUUGACCUUGUCAGCUGUGUUAGCUUGUAAGCUGUGACUCGCUGGCCUCCUCCGACUCCACCAGGUGUUCCGUAAACAUUAUCAUAUUUAUGUAAAAAGUAAUUUCAUGUGAUUUUUCAAGCGUCAUAGUUCUGAGAAAAUGACCCUAACUAGCUUCAGAUAAACAAACUGGGAAAAUUAUGCAGCUUCAGUCUCUCCUGAUGUAGCUUUAGCAUAAUAAUACAGAAGGUGUAAGUCUGAGAAAAUAGCAACAAACCUCAUGGUAACUUGUGAAUGUAUUCCAAGUACUGUGUCCCACUAAAAUGAGAAAAUAUUAAUAUUUUCAGUUUAGGUUAUUUUAAAAAUGGCUUAAAAAGAGACUUUGAAAGGGAGCUAACACUAUCCAACCUGUUCAUUCAAGGUUUUUUUGAUGGGAACUUCUGAGGUUAUGAACAAUUUAUAACUUUGCAGCAAUAUAAUUAUUGUAUUCAGAAGAAACAGAUUUUAUUUUCCCAAAGACUGAAGCUGUUGGGUCAGUUAAUCAGACAAGACAUAAUGUAGUGAGUUUUUAUUUUUAUUUUUUUUACAUUUUUUAAACUAAUCAAAUUUCAAAAAUGUCAAAGCAGGUGGCACAAAAUGUUAUUUUUGCCAUCUACCCCACUGAAUUGUUAUUUACAUAGACCCUAAUGGUGGUACAAGAUCCCUGGUUCUUAUUAGCUUCCUGCUAAUAAGGUAAACCGUGUACAAAUAGUUUUAGUAAAUCCUAUCUCAUCAGUUUUUAUAUCAUCUCAAAUAAAUCCCCCUAUAGAAAAUAUGGAAAAUAUAGAUUUAAUAAACUUUUUACAUAUUUUGUUUGAAACUUGCAUUUAAUGCUUGAAACAAUGAAACAAUAUAAAAUAUUCUUAGUAAAUUAGCAAAAGAUUUGGGCCAUUUCCAUUUUGUGUGUUUGUAGAGUUUGAUGUUUUUGUGCCCGACUUCUUUGGGUACGACAUGUGGCCCUGAAAUUUUAUAUAUUUAUAUUUUACAGUAAGAAAAAACUCCAUUUUUGUCCAAACAUAAAGGAUGGGAAAUAGACUACAAUGAAACACUUUCAGAAGUUAUCUUGGGUGAGAUUCACAAAUAUUUAUUUCUGUAAUUUAUUCAAAAACUUACCUUUCAAGAAAAUGGAUGCAGGAAAGAAUCAAAUUGUAUUGCAUUUGUCCCAAAUGGGCACUAAAAGGACAAAACUGUGAACUGACCAAUUGGAUCUUUUGUUUAAAUAAAUGUUGACUGAUUUCAUACAGUUCUGUAAAGCAGAGUUGACAUAAACUUUCAGAUGACUUGUGCGAUCAAAAGUUGCUGCGUUGAGACGGUUUAAUCUACUUUGUUCAGUUUCUUUUGGCGAAUCUGCUUUCCACCAAGCGAAAAGAUUAAAAUGAUACUGACAAACUCACAGGAUUCCAACAAAACACCUGCUCCAAAAAUCCUAUUUAGCCAUUAAAAAUUAUAUUAAAAAAUUGCAGUGUAGUAAUCAACUUUGACCUGUUUCAUACUGAGAUUUCUUCUGUCCUCUUUUUGGAGCCACUUCCUCCUCCCAGGCAGCUGCCCUCCUGAGCGCCGGACGUUUUUAGACACUUCUAUCAAACUUUCAUGCCUUUUUAGGGUUAAAAAUUCCCUUCUUCUCCUUUUCUGUGGUGAUCCAACCUUUCGGGCUCGAGUAAGACCCAGCAGCAGAAAGCAUGACUCAUCCCACACGCCAGAGAAUUGUCCUCGUUAAUAAUUAAAACCCUUGGCAGUUAUGAACUAAAAACGGCAUGUGGGGAGUUGGGUGAGGGAAUCUGAUAUGUCCAAACUUUUUUGUCUCAUCUUUUUCCUUCCCGUCCUGUCAAACCCUUGGUCAUGCUGCACUCGUCAGAGACGAGAUAAAUCAUCAUCCAGAAAAGGCAAAA